AUAUGCGCACAAGGGGACAUGAAUAUUAACUUUGUUCAUUGCAAUUAAAUAGACGAAUAAUAUAACUCCUUGUUAUUAGUUUUAACUUUUCAACGUAACUGCCCAUACAAUUACAUGACAAAUAAGUCCACAAAGCAUCUUCUUUUCUUUCUAGAAACCUAAAGCAACUAUAUUUCUCAUCUAUGGCUAAACUUGUCUAUGUAAUUGUAACAGUUUUCAAUAUAUUUUCCCACCAUAAAUAAUCUUUCACCUCCACCUCCUAAUUUCCACUACAAAUUUCUCACUAAAAAAAAAAAAACAUAAAUCUCUAAUCAGUCGUAACUUCCCCCACCAACUCAAAAUUUUCAUUUUUAAGAAGAAGAAUGAUGAGAAGCAAAUCCAUAGUCAUCAAUUCCAACUCCAGGAACAAUACUUCCACUGUCGCCGCAACGACAGCUCUAAGACGUUCGGCCUCAAACACUAUCGCCGCAGCCCCGGUGGUACGCACAAAUGAUCUUAACAAAACACCCCGACCCCGGUCAGUAGAGUUCCCUGUAUCUCCUCAACUGAUACAAGGUGAAGAGAUGGUCCAUUUCGGACAUCCCCAACACGUGCUGGUCAAAGUUGAGUUGCCGGAUAUCUACACGUGUGCUGGGUGCAAAGAAGAAGGAGCAGGGGUUAGGUAUGUGUGUCAAGAGUGUGAUUAUCAGCUCCACGAGUUUUGUGCUUUGGCUCCUCCUCAACUCAAAUCACACCCUUUUCAUUACCAGCAUCAACUUCUCUUCUUUGCCAAACCUGCGAAAGGAGGGAUAGUAAAAUCGAAAUGUGACGUGUGUGGAAGAUCACCAAAAGGUUACACUUUUAGAUGCAAAGCUUGCAGUUUCCAAAUGCAUCCUGGCUGCGCCAUGUUGUCGCCUUCUCUCUCCUCCUCCUCCCUUCACCACCACCCUCUCCGCCUCCUCCCCUCUUCCUCACCAGGUAACAUCACCGGGGGAGAUUCCGGAGGAUUCCUCUGCGGAGAGUGCAAGAGAGGUAAGCGAACGGGGAGGGUUUACCGUUGCACCGUCUGCGAUUAUCACUUGCAUGCCGUUUGUGCCAAAGACGCCGCCGUCAACGGCCUCCGAGCAAACGGACAUAAGGGGAGGGAUAAGUCUCCGGCGGUUUUGGGAACGGCGGCCAGGUUGGCGUCGCAGGUUGUUAUUGAUUUUCUCGGUGGUAUAAUCGAUGGUCUUGGUGAAGGUGUUGGUGAAGCUAUUAUAGACGGUGUGACUAGAGGUGGUGGUGGUGGUGGCGGCCGCGGAGGCGGAAAUGGCGGUGUUACUAGAGAAAUUCCACGUGUCAGAGGGGGGUAAUUAUGGAAUUUGGGGAUUGUUUGAUGAUUUACUAAUUAUGUGUGUUAAUUAUGCUUUGUAUGUAGAGAUUGCUAUGAGUUGAUGAUGCGUUUGAUAAGUACAUCGAUGAUCCA